GUAAUUUCGGCCUCGGCAACCCGAACAAAAAAAGUAAGAUUGCAGCUUCAUGCCAAAACGCGAAUCGCGUGUAAUUAACUGUCGGCUUUCGCAUUUCCUUUUUCAUUUGUUCAAUGUCUGAAUCGCUCGACACCCUUCCCUUGUAAUCAGGGGGUACGCACAUCCAAACGCGAAUUCGCAUCUGACACUGGCUCUUCAGCUGGAUGAUAUGAGACCUGAGCUGCAAGAAAGCUAAGCUCCAGCUCCAGCUCAGCUCAGAUCAGACCAGCUCAGCAGUUCUACAGUUAGCUCCUCAACAACAACAACAACAACAACAACAACAACAAAGUGCGGACAUCACCCAUCAACCGCAGGCGGCGCGGCACAGCUCAUCGCUCACCAUCAACAUGGCGUCUGGAGCUGGACCCUCCAAGCUCCCUCCAAUCGACAUACCGGAACCUGUUGCGUUGUCGCGGCCGCCGGCUUCGUCCAAGUCGCAAGCCAGAACAUCGGCAGCAGACCCUGUACUGCGCAAUGCCCUCCGAUACACAAUCUCCGCCCGAGAAUACGAGUCGCUCCACAAGUAUGUCUUGUCCCGGUCAAGGCUGUUAAAGCGACGGGCACCGAGUGCCAAUACCGUCGAAAGGUACAUGGACGGAGGGGCCAAGGAUGGCGGGAAGGGUAAGGGCAAGGCAAAAGAAGGGUCUGCCAGCGGUGGUGGAGGCGAUACCUACAAUGCUCGAGCGAUUCGACACGCGCUUCGCGUAUUCAUAGCGACUGGGUUGGGAAUGAAGGCAUAUAACGUAUUGAUGGCGAGGCUCAAGGGCCAAAAAGACUUGACUGGUCAGAAGAAGAACGAGCCCUUCUAUAAAUCACCGACGUUGCGCUUGUCACUGUCGCUUUCCACCAUACUGCUUCUGUACCGCCUCCUUUUCCGGUUCAUGAGCCGCCUACGAGCCCAUUUGCUGGACGCAUCCGCCGCGCCGUUCCGAAACCGCAACCCGAGGACGACACAGACACUAACUUCGCCUUAUGCCCCUGCUCUCGGUGCCAGCCUAGCAGGUCUCGCGCUUGGUAUCUAUCCCGCCCAACAGCUGCGCGUGUCAGUGGCCAUCUACACCAUGUUCAGGGCGCUAGAGUUUGGCUGGAACCUUCUUGAGGACGACGGCAUGGUCUGGGGCUGGAAAUCCAAAGUCGGCGGGAGCGGUCUUCUGAAGCGCGAAAGACCCUGGUGGUUCGGCAGUUGGAUGUUGCAGCCCUUCGCCUUCGGCCAGCUGCUUCAUGCCACCAUCUUCGACAAGGACUGUAUUCCGGCCCAGUUUGUCGAUCUGCUGUGGAAGGGGAGCUCGGAAUAUCUCCACAGUGCACCCAAGAACCUACCUACGGGAGUCAAGUGGCCGACCCCUCGGGAAGUUGCCGACUGUCUUGCCCAGAUGGCCAAGCUUAAUUGGCCGCCAUACAUCAGUCCAACAUUGUUCCCAAACCAGGAAACCCUGCCGCCCACCUUGACCUCAAUUGCGCCUCUGACAUCACGGGCACACCCGCUCAUUACUUCCCUCAGCUGCGCGACACUGCAUCCAUCGGAUCCCUCUUGCAGCCGGACGUACCUGUCAUUCUGGCUACAGUCAUUCCCGAGGGUAGGCCGCUUGUUCCUCGUCUUUUACUCCCUCACCAUGCUGCCGCGGUACAAAGCUCUCUACAAUGCGCCGUUGACUGUCCUUACCAACAUACUGGGACGCAGCCUUCGACUCUCAACCUUUGUAACAGGCGCCAUCUCGACUGCAUGGGCGAGUAUCUGCUUCUUCCAGACUUGGCUGCCACGAAACUUCCUGCCGACACAGCGGUUCUUCCUCGGCGGAUUUCUUGCUGGUCUCUGGGGCUUCGUAGAGCGCAAGCAGGGUCGCGGCAUAUUCCUCUAUAGUGCUCGCACCAGCAUAGACAGUCUGUGGAAGGUAGGCGUCAAACGGCGUUGGUGGAAGGCCAUGCGAGGUGGUGAUUUGUGGCUUUUCGUACUAGCGCUGGCCAUUACGGGCGCUGUGUACGAGAAGGAUGCCCGGGCUAUCAAAGAGGGCAACUGGAGGAAAGGUGUCAGCUGGGUCAGAGGAACAAGCUGGAGGGACUGGGAAGUGGAAGAGGAAGAAGAAGACGAGGCGAGGGAGAAGUUCGAGUGAGGUGCCCACGACCUGCUAUGCAGUCGUACAGGGGCUCGAGUUUUGUAGGAUGGAAACCUGGUGAGGCUUGAACAUAGGCCGACCAGUUUCGGCCAGCUUGAGACACUGGUGUGUCUCAUGCUUGAUGAUUACGAUGAUUCCCACCAAUUAUCUACCGCUCAUGGCGUAUAAUGUAUAAACCUUUUUCGACCACGCAGUGUUUUGACCCUGUCUUCAACUGGGCCGUGUUUCCAAUACAUGUUCCCACCGCCGACGUGAUGAGUCAUUUCGUUUGUCGUGCCUUUGGUCUUGACAACUUUGCCCGCCCAACUACUAAUCCAGCGCUGCUAAAACAUAGCUACUUGGCGAGGAGGGAUCGCUUGCCCCGUAGCUUGUGACACGGAAACCUGUAACGCAUGCGUCAUGUAAAAGGUGACUUCCAACAACGCUCCCAAACGUGGUCGGUUAUGUCG